ACCUGGGAACUCCAUAUGCUGUGGGGCAGCCAAAAAGAAAAGAAAAUGUUAGAAAGCUUUAGACAUCGAGUUGAAUGUGUGAAAGGCAUUUUUUUUUUCAAAAUUAUUUUAGGAUAAUAUACAAAAAAAUCACUCAAACUCUGAAAAGAAAUAGCUCUCAUAUACACUAAUCAUUGAGAACCAAUAGUGCAUGCCAUACUGCCUUUGUAAGUGGCAUAAAAACUCAGGGGCAUAAUAUCAUGAUAACAACUUACUUUGAACAGUGUCCCAAAGAGUACGGAAUGCUUUAAAGAAACUGACAUUAUAAGAAACUUUGGCUAAUAUUACACUAUUACUAGAGAAGGUCAUACUUUUCAUUCAUUCAUUAGCAAUCCAUUCAUUUCUUUGCUUAGUUAAUAUUUGUGAUCACCAAAUGUUGUCAAGAUCCUGCUCUCGUUGUGAGGACUACAGAAAUGAGCAAAUUGGGAUUUGUGAAUUCAGUAAGCUGAGAAAAUAGUGAGAUGCAGACACUUACAGAUAACUAAAUCAUAAAAUAGCUUUAAGAAAAAAGGGAACUUUAUGCUUUGAGGUGGUGGUGGGACCACUGUGACUUUUCAUGGCCCACUCAAUUUUUAUAUUCUCUGUUAGGUAGUGGGCUAUGGUAAACCGGAUCAGCUGUUUGUAGACAAACACACUCAGAUCUGAAUCUUAACUUUUACUAACUGUGCAGCAAGUAAAUCUUAUUUUUCUAAUGUAUAAUUUCAGACUAAUAGCAGGUUUCUCAAAAGGUUAUUAUGAAAAAUAUGUAAGAAAAAUACAAAAUGCCUCGCAGAGUGAUGGAAAACAUGGUGGAUAAAGCUGUCUACUUUCCCCCUUUUUUUGUCUCUGAUUCUCUUAGAAAAGAUUCUAUCUCCUUAUCAGGGGCCCCUUUUCCUUCUCAAUCUCAUUUCAUCUCAUCUCUCCCUGACUCACUAAGUACCACCCAGUUGCUGCUUUCCUGCUAAGAAUUUCUCUUAGAAGCUGCACAUAUUUUAUUUUCAUGCUGGAAUAUGCUAUUUGUGGAACAGCUAGCUGCUUCUUAUCUUUUAAUUUUCAACAAAAUAUGGCCUCCAAAGAAUCUUCCUUGAAUCUUCGCCUAUGCAGCCCUUGUACCAUCGUUUAUUGUCAUAUAUCCUGUUUCAUUGUGCUUCUCUUAACAUUGCAAUUGAGUUUACUUGAAUUUCUCUCUGUGUGUAUUAUAUAUACACACACAUAUAUGCAUAUACAGAUAUACGUAUACAUGCACACACAUACAUGUUCUAUUUUUGCAGAUCUGAAUUCCUUGAGGACAUGGAUUGCAUCCUCUCCUGACAAAAGACAGAGUUAUCGUUCAGCCACGGAGAUUUUGCAGCAGACCUUCAUCCAGAUCAGGGACAAAUUAUCAAAGGCAGGCAAGUUCCUGAACAAAGCUGAAUCAUCUCACAUCCUGAGGUUCAUCUUCAAGUAUGGUGUGAUCUUACCGGAUAGUAAACCAAUUCCCUGGAGAAUGACCACCGUGGAGGGCCAAGCCUAUACCUGUAUGAACAUCUACACCCUGGGUGGCUACAGAGCAAGAUUAGACCUAAAAGUGAGUCAACUUCAGUUAAACUUGGAAAAGAAGAAAGUACUCUCUGGAGAGUUUGUGAGUAUAAGGUAGUGUAUUUACUAUGUAAAAGUCCUAGAUAUGCAGGGGAAAGAGUAGGAGUAAAAGGAUGCAGAGAAAUAGAACAAAUCAAUUUGUAGAUGAGAAGUUGUGAAAGACUAAGGAAUAAAGCAGCCUAUUCUUUCACAGAACUGAAAAUAACUGGGGUGUGAGGCACAGUGGGAAUAUCUUGUUUCAACUUCCAAAACAGAAGUCUUUCUCAUGUUAGGCCCUCUAUAAAUAUUCAUUUCAUGAAUUAAUAAUGUCAAUUCAAUUCAAUUGUAAUGUCAAUCAAGACAGUGGAAGACCACAACUUUUUGUUAAUUAGACUUUUUGUCUAGUGGCCCAAAUACAUGUAAGAUGAUGUAAAAUGCUCAGAAUAGUGCUUGACACAGAAAGUUGUAUAUGAAUGUUGGCUAUUAAUAUCAUAGCUUUUUUUGGAUUUUUUGGUCUGCACCUGCAGCAUGUGGAGGUUCCCAGUCUAGGGGUCUAAUUGGAGCUGCAAUUUGUAGCCCAA